AUGAAGAAGAAUGACUCAACUGUGUUCUGCAACAUUUCUGGGUGUUCAAAUGCAGCAGAAGAUAAUUGCAGUUCUUGGUUUUUAGCUAUCAUCGAUCGCAAUUCAUGUCUCAAUCAUAUUUUGGUCAUUUCAUUUGAUAUUCUGCUCCUCCAUCGAGUAAUCUCAAAGAAGACUUCAUCAUCCGUGUUGGCGUCUCGGAAAGUACCUCCACUAUCUGUAUUCUCAGCCAUUUUUAAUGGUAUUUUGGCUUUGGUCGCUUAUAGUAUAUGGACAUUCAUAGCGAAACUGAAAACAGAUGGGACAAUUUUACCACUGUAUAGAUGGCUAGUACCUCAAAUCCAAGGCUUAACAUGGUUGAUUCUAAGUUCAAUCAUAAGCCUAAGGAAGAUGCAUCUUUCACAUACUGCAACAGCGAAAACUUUCUCGAUUUUCGCUUUCUUGCUUGGAGCGUUUCUGUGCAUGUCAUCUCUCUCUGAAGUGACUGACAAAGCAGCGUCCAUCGAGAUGGUCUUAAAUGUUUUAUGCUCUGGAGCAAUUCUCUUGAUCCUAUGUACCUUUUUAGGAUCAAACUAUGCAAAUACUUAUCAAGAAAUUGGUGAUAUUGAUGCUUCCUAUGGACUAUUACAAGAUGGUGAAGCUGAUGAUGAAGGAGAAACCAGUCCAAAUGGUAAUGUAACGCCGUUUGCAAGAAGUGGAUUGUUAAGUACAAUCUCCUUUUGGUGGUUGAAUCCAUUGAUGAAAAAGGGUAAGGAAAAGGUGCUUCAAGAUGAAGAUAUUCCAAAGUUAAAACAAGAAGAUCGAGCGCAAACAAUGUACUCAAUGUUUACUGAGCAAUUAAACAAAAAGAAGCUAAGAGGAUCGUCUGAUCCUCCAUCAAUUCUGUCAACAAUCAUAUUGUGCCAGGGAAAGGCCAUUUUCGUUUGCGGGUUCGUUGCUUUGAUCAAAGUUCUUACCCUGGCAAGCAACCCACUUUUCCUUUCAGCAUUUACUAGGGUUGUUGAAGGAAACUCUGCCUUCAAAUAUGAAGGUUACGCGUUGACUCUUGGUCUGUUCGUUGUGAAGCUUCUUGAGUCGGUUUCAGAGAGGCAAUGGUACUUCAGAACACGGCUUAUGGGGCUCCAAGUAAGAUCUUUACUUUCCGCAUUUAUAUAUCGGAAGCAAUUACAACUCUCUAAUGUUGCUAAGAUGACUCAUUCUCCUGGAGAAAUUGUGAAUUAUGUUACUGUUGAUGCAUAUAGAAUUGGGGAAUUUCCGUUUUGGCUUCACCAGAUAUGGUCCACAAUCCUUCAAUUGUUGCUUGCGUUAAUCGUCAUGUACUUCUGCUUCGGGUUAGCGACGGUUUCGGCUUUAGCGGUACUUAUAUUGACUCUUCUUGGAAGUUCUCCAUUGGCCAAAUUUCAACAUAAGUACCAGACAAAGUUCAUGAAUGCUCAGAACAUAAGGCUCAAGAACUUAUCCGAAGCGCUAACAAACAUGAAGAUUUUAAAGUUGUAUUCCUGGGAAACACAUUUCAAGAAUGUAGUAGAAAGAUUAAGAAAUGAAGAGCUCAAAUGGGUAUGGAAAUUGUCGUUGCAAAAGGGGUACUACAUUGUCUUGUUCUGGUCAUCUCCUUUACUAGUAGGGGUUGUUACUUUCUGGACAUGCUACUUGCUUGGUAUCAAGCUCCAUGCGAGCAAUGUCUUCACAUUUCUAGCAACUUUGAGGAUUGUUCAGGAGCCAAUUAGGUUUAUCCCUGAUGUUUUCGGAGCUUUUGUGGAAGCGAAGAUCUCGUUUGCCCGGAUUGCGAAGUUCCUGGAAGCACCAGAGCUGGAGAACAGGCACAAGAGGCAAGAUUCUCGUCGCCAAGACUUUGAUCCAUCCAUCUGCAUUAGAUCCUCUGAGAUUUCAUGGGACACUAACUCUUCAGAGGCCACAUUAAGGAACAUUAACUUAGUGGUUAAACAAGGAGAAAAGUUGGCCAUUUGUGGAGAGGUUGGAUCUGGUAAAUCAACCCUUUUAGCAGCAGUUCUUGGAGAAGUUCCUCACAUCAAUGGCGAUGUUCAUGUUUGUGGGAAGAUAGCAUAUGUUUCUCAAUCUGCAUGGAUCCAAACAGGUACCAUAAAAGAGAAUAUUCUAUUCGGGUCUGCCAUGGAUUCUGUUAGAUACCAAGAAACACUUGAAAAGUGCUCCUUGGUUAAGGACCUAGAGAUGCUUCCAUUUGGAGAUCUCACUCAAAUUGGGGAAAGAGGAGUCAAUUUAAGUGGUGGACAAAAGCAACGUGUUCAACUUGCUCGCGCAGUUUAUCAGAAUGCUGAUAUUUACCUCUUGGAUGAUCCCUUCAGUGCAGUUGAUGCUCACACUGCAACUAGCCUAUUCAAUGAAUGUGUCAUGAGAACUUUGUCAAGUAAGACAGUCUUGCUUGUGACACACCAAGUAGAUUUCCUUCCAGUUUUCGAUUCCAUUUUGUUGAUGUCUGGUGGGGCGAUUUCAAAAGCAGCUACGUAUGAAGAGUUGUUGGCUUCUUCUCAAGAAUUCCAACACCUUGUCAAUGCGCACAAUAACACUACCUCUUCCGAGACUCAGGUCGAGGACUCUUUUUCUGAAAAAGACAAACCAUCCAAUGAUGGUGAAAUACAGAAAAUUGAUAAUGAGGAACAGUUAAAAUCAUCCAUGGGAGAUCAAUUGAUUAAGCAAGAGGAAAGGGAAACAGGAAACAUUGGUUCUAAGCCUUACAUUCAGUACUUGAAGCAGGGAAAAGGGUUUUUGUUCUUCUUCUUGGCGAACUUUUUCUACUUAAUAUUCGUAGUUGGGCAAAUUAUGCAGUUCUACACAUUUGCAACAAAACUUGAGGACUCUAGUGUAUCAAGAGUGGUAAUUUAUACAGUUUACUCUGUGAUCACGAGUGUCAUGACACUAACUUUGGUAUUUAGAUCUUUUUCUAUAGCUGCUCUAGGGUGUGGGGCAUCAAAAUCCAGUUUUUCCACACUUCUGACCUCUCUGUUUAGAGCUCCAAUGUCUUUUUAUGAUUCAACACCUGUGGGAAGAAUACUUAGUCGGGUAUCUUCUGAUAUGAAUAUCAUCGACCAUGAAGUGCCCUUCAAGUUCAUAACUGCAUGUGCAGGAACUAUGAACACGUACACCAUAUUUGGAUUAUUGGCUUUUCUUACCUGGCCAAUCGUGUUUGUGAUUGUGCAAAUCAUUUAUAUGACUAUAAUUUUGCAGAACUACUAUUUGGCUUGUGCAAAAGAGUUAAUGCGAAUAAAUGGCACAACCAAGUCUUUCCUAGCUAGCAACCUUGCGGAAUCGGUUGCUGGAGCCAUGACUAUCAGAGCUUUUGGGGAGGAGGACAGAUUCUUCUCAAAAUACUUGGACCUUAUUGAUGAAAAUGCUAGCCCACAUUUCCAUAAUUUCUCAGCAAAUGAAUGGUUGAUCCAACGUCUGGAAACACUAUGUGCCAUUGUUCUCUCAACGUUUGCUCUUUUCAUAACUUUGCUUCCUUUGGAUAGUUCUGACUCGGGUUUUGUUGGAUUGGCAUUGUCAUAUGGCUUCUCAUUGAAUUUAUUCUUGGUGAUUUCUGUCCAGUUCCAGUGUAUGGUGGCAAAUUCUAUCGUAUCUGUAGAAAGGGUAGAACAAUACAUGCAUAUUCCAAGCGAAGCUUCAGAAGUAAUAGAAGCCAACAGACCUGCACAAAACUGGCCUACUUUUGGCAAAGUGGAAAUAAGCAAUUUGAAGGUAAGAUACCGUCCGAAUGCUCCACUAGUUCUUCAUGGAAUAAGUUUUACAAUUGAAGGAGGUCAAAAGAUUGGUAUAGUAGGGCGCACAGGAAGUGGAAAGACGACUCUUAUUAGUGUACUCUUUCGUCUUGUGGAGCCCACAGAAGGACAGAUCCUAGUAGAUGAACUUGAUAUUUGUACCAUUGGGCUUCAUGAUUUAAGAUCACGGUUUGGAAUUAUCCCACAGGAUCCUACACUCUUUAAUGGAUCUGUGAGAUACAAUCUGGAUCCCUUGUCACAGUAUACUGAUCAUGAAAUAUGGGAGGUUCUUGAGAAGUGUCAGUUGAGAGAGGCCAUUCAAGAGAAAGAAAAAGGUCUAGAUUCUCUAGUGGUAGAGGAGGGAACAAACUGGAGCAUGGGACAGAGACAACUAUUCUGCCUAGGACGCGCUUUGUUGAAGAGAAGCCAAAUACUGGUUCUUGACGAAGCCACUGCUUCGAUGGACAACACGACAGACGCCAUUCUGCAGAGAACCAUAAGAAGGGAAUUUGCAGACUGCACUGUCAUUACUGUAGCUCAUAGAAUCCCAACUGUCAUGGACUGCAGCAAAGUGCUUGCCCUUAGUGAUGGAAAAUUGGUGGAGUAUGAUGAGCCGAGCAAGCUGAUGAACAAUGAAGGGUCACUUUUUGGGAAGCUGGUGAAGGAGUACUGGUCUCGAGCUGUAAAUGCUGGUGCUAAUUUAGACAGGAUUGGUGGUGAUUAAGAAUUUAAGAGAAGCCUCUCAACGUGCUGAGAAAGGAUUCCCGUCUCCAUCUACAAUAAGUUGCCAAACGACAACAUAUCAACAAAGGACAACAAUUGGUAAGAUGAAAUGUGAGUUACCAAACGACAACAUAUCAAUGGACAAAAGUUUGUACAACAUCUAUACUAAACAGGCGACAGCAAUUCAGAAAACGACAGUCUCUCUUUAAAGGACAAUAUUUACACCAUCUACU